AUGAUCCCUAAAACUGAAGUUCCAACAUACAGGCAACUGAUGAUCCAAGAAUUGCACCAGAAAAAUCUAUGCCCAAUUCCACCACCAACUAUUCAACCGAGGGAAUACUGUGCAGUUGAUUACAUCAAAAACUAUUAUUUUGGCAGAGUAAUAGACAAAAAUGACAGUUUUGUCCAAUUCAAGUUCCUGCACAGAGUUGGUGCAACUACUUAUCAUUGGCCGAGGCGAGACGAUAUGGACAGAGUCCACCUUUCAAAUAUUUUUGCUGGUCCUGUUACUGUUCCUCACUUUAUUAGUGGACCAUUUGAAAUCCCAGAGCAACCAGCUGUGGAAAAACUC